AAUCAAUAAAUGAAAAUGCAUACAAUUCAUCACUCUAUUCGACGAUUCUAUUAAUUGUAACGGAGAAUACAGUUGCAAUGUGGUUCAUGUAUUCAGUAUAUAGAGGACAUUGGGGUAUACCUGUGCCAGUAAGAAAUGGUGGUGAAAUAUAAAUGAAAUGAGAGGUCUACGUACACUGCUUGAAAAUAGUCAAGCAUAUUUGGAAUGACUAGACACAUGAAUAAGACAUGAAAUACUGGAUUAUAACCGCUUGGUGGAAUUGACACAUCUUUCAGCCUUUCAAUACAUUUUGAUUUUAAAGUUUUCAGUCGAUCCAAUUUGUUAUCACCACCCUGGAAGGCGAACAUAUGGCUCGAAUAAUUAGGCACCGAAUUCGGUCUUUUAUGAUCGGGCUCUGCAUGGUUACAUUCUUGAUGGUCUUGUAUCUUGGGACGAGUCGCAACACAUAUUUAGGAGAAUCAAAUGAUGUAAAAAGAGAUGUACUCGUAUCAUCGCUUGUCUUUGAAGAAUUAAUGGCUCAGCCGGAGCCAGCUACCCCAGACUCUAACAUCCUGCUGUACAAUGGUCUCUCUACUUGCGGCUCGAAUGGAUUCAAUGAGAACCUAAAAGCAUUGUCUAAACCAAAUGGAUUUAGAUUUAUCCGUCAGGAAAGCAGGGGCAUGAAACUCGUCAAAAAGCCUAAAUACUACAUUGAGGAAUUGUACACAGAAUCAAGUGAAAGACCAAUUGCAAAAUAUCACGAUGUCUUCUUUCUCAACUUUAACAGCUACAACUACAGUAAUCCAAUUUACGUCAACAUCGCCCGUGAACCAUACAACAGAGCCGAAGCAUUGUACUCUUAUAAGCGACGCCUGUGCAAGAAGGAGCAUCGAUUCUGCACCAUAUAUUCGAAUGAAAUGCUACAUCUGACGUUUGAGCAAUGCCUAAAAACGUGGAAAAACGCAACUUACAUAUGUGGAGACUUUUACAAAUCAACUAUGCAUACAUUUUGUGGACACAAUAAAAUUUGCCAAGAUGACAAAAUGCCGGACUUUGGGGUCCAGCUAGCCAAGGCUAAUAUUGCAAGGCACUAUAAAUUCGUAGGACUUUAUGAAGAGUACCGCACGAGUAUGAUUGCUCUGGAGGAAAUUAUUCCAACAUAUUUUGUUGGAACGUCAAGUAGAUAUAGACGGAGGAAUGAAGAAGGUGUAACGGGGUUUCCAGAUGAAACAACAGAGAAAUUAGUCAAAGAAGUGUUAAAAUAUGACUAUGAAGUUUACUAUUUCAUCAAGCAGAGAUUUUAUCAGACCAUCCAAAAACUAGGACUUGAAUCUCAUCUUACUGAUAUUCUCUGGGUACACUAAACCAUUACAUGCCAAUAAAGAUAUCACACGUACAUAAAGAUGGCGGUUGCUUCAAAUUCAUUCGUGUCCACAUAGAUGGAGCCAUAUGUCUUGAAUGCAGGAUGACAUUUUCAACAUUAUUCUAAACUCUAAAUACACUAAUGAGGCUAAGUUCAUUAUGUCCCUCAGAGUUCAAAAGAGUCCCAUGACGUCCUCUCGAGGCCUAUGGAAAUGCUUCCAAUUGAGCUCUUGGCUCAGAUUUGUUCGG